AUGUGCCAAGACAGAAUCGUCACUUGUUACAAUCAUUCACGUCCACCUUACAUAGUUUUCAUCUUAGCAGCUAUUGUUAUUCCGUCGAUCGUUGCAAGAGAAAAACGCAGUUUAUUUGGAUUAAUGCAUGAUAGUGAUGAACUCGACUUAAAAGGUCGUUCAAUGGUAAGAUUAGAUAAGAGCUGUAAUUGGUAUACUUAUGAAUUGGAUCCAACAGGCAAUGUGUUUUACGAUGAGAAAAGCUACCAAUGUCCGAGUAACACACUAGCAUCUGGUUACUGUAUUCUUCGAUGGUCGGAUGCAGUCAAAGAAUGCAAUUCAAACGCUAAUUGUACUGGAUAUGCCAUGACAGAUAUUGCUAAUUGGCACGAUCUAUAUGAUCAAGGCUCAGAAGUUGCUGUGCAACUAUACACUAGCACUCUAUCGCCUAAGAAUCGUCCACAGGAAUACUCACGAUGGUUUGUUUGGCGCAAAACAUGCUGGACUUUUUCUGCUGGACCAGUGUCGAUAGACAACACUUUGGAAAAUUCUGUCGCACUGCUUAAACCCAAAGCAUCGAUUAUAUUAUCUUUUCUCACAUUAGUGCUAGGCGUUACUGCUCUUUAA